UGAAAGUGUGUCCUAUUUCAGAGCUUUAAAUGAAUUCAAGUAGCAAUAGCACAGUGCCUUCUUCAUCUCAACCUAGUCAUUCGUCCAAAAACGACAAUAGCUCCAGUGGCAAUAGUUGUAGUGGCAGCAAAUCACACCAAUCAUCAUCCAAACACUCGUCACAUAAUGGUCACAAGACACCAGUAAAGUCUCUGCAUAACCCAACAAGGGCAUCAGCGUCACCAGAACAAACGGGAUCCCAUGGGUCAACCAAAUCCUCGGAAGUAUCUCGAACGUCGAGCUCAGCACCACUGACAACGCCUUCGAAGUCAGAUGGCGGGUUUGUCGCGAAGAGUACCGGAAAACAGUCUGCAAGUCUGAAACGAAAACAUCCAUCUUCGGCUAUCACUGGAACAGAAUCGUCCAAUUCAGAUAGCGAAACAUGUACAUCCAAUGCAAACAUCAACAAUACUACACCUAGCACUUCUAGCAAUAGUGCAACUAAAAGUGGCAGAAGAAGUGUGACAUCAUCACCCAAUCCAUACGUGACAGGAUCAGCGGGACCAGCUUCCCCCCAAACCCAGCAGCAAGGCAAUAGUAAUGGUAAUAUAUCGACUGCGCCUAUUAGUGAGAGACAGCAGUUAGCGUUAUUAAUGAAGCAAUUUGGAGCAUCUUCGCCGUCUUCUUCAUCAAUGCAUAAUGAGCACCAAGAUCACUCCAAUUCGAGCGCGUGUGCCGUUAGCCCAGCGGGAGCGACAUCGAACGCCGCGUCAUCAUCCUCCUGCCUGUUCGCAUCUUCGACAGUUGCAGCAACGCCCACCCCGCCCAGUCGGAAAGGGGGGCUGUAUAAGAGGAACCAAAUGGGAGAGACUCCGUUGCAUUUGGCGGCUAAAAAAGGGGAUCUAGAAAAGGUCAAAAAACUGUUGGAGCUUGGGGCAGAUGUGAAUGCAACCGAUAAUGCAGGCUGGACUCCGUUGCACGAAGCAUGCUUCAAAAAUCACCCACAAGUGGGAUCUGUUUUACUGGAAAAUGGAGCUGAUGUGAAUGCAAGGGGUGGGCCCGACGGAUACACGCCUCUGCACGACAGUGCAGCUAAUGGAUACUAUGACGUCACACUUCUCCUGCUGAAACACGGGGGAGAUCCGAGUAGGCAAAAUAAGUCAGUUUUAGGAGAAUCUGCUAUCAGUUUGGUGAAGGACGACUCUCCUUUGAGCCACCUAUUCAGUUUAGAUGCUAGCAACUGGAAAACUAUGCAUUUCAAAGAUCCAGAUCUUACUAUCCACUGUUCUGGAGAGCCCAAAAAGCAAAUGGACAAAGUAGACGAAAGAAACUCUGCAAAAACUUCCACGUCUGAUCCGAGUACAAAAGCGGGCUCAAAACGAUCCGAAAUUGCCGUGAAUAAAGAAACAGAUCGAAAACGCCCACAGGCUAAUACUGAAGUCAACUCCGAUUCGAGUUCAACGACCAGCAAGGAAACUUCGGACACGCACCUUAAAGUGACUGAAAUGAGCUCAGGCUCUAAAAGUAAACCAAACUUAGAAGAUCCGAUUAAUUCAAAGUCUGUGAAAUUACAACAAGAAGCUACGAAAAGUCACGACUCGGCUGCAUCUGAUAACUUAAGUUACAAUUCAAGUGAAGACGAGCUAGGAAAUAGUCCCGGAGAGUUAUUUAUCGACGAGGAUACAGAGGAAAAAGAAAGUCCGAAAAAAGCUGCAGCUCCUCCAAUUUCGCAGAAGUCAUCCUCUCAAGAGAGCAAACAAAGCAUCCCACACAAACCAAAGACCGAAUCUGAUUUGCCGAAGCCAGGGAGCAAUCAGUCUACGCAAUCCCAACCCUGUACGGACAUGAAACCGACAAGCAAUUAUGCCGAAAGUCCUCGAAGCUCUGGUUUGAUAUCAAAUCCUAAAUCAUUUGAGUCUACUGAAGUGUUGAUGAAAAAAGUUGAAAAACUUGGUGGUAGUAAAAAUAUAACGAGUACUGCUGUAUUUUCAACUCCUGGUGCGUCAGCCUCUUGUGGAGAUUAUCAAAGACAAGGAUCUAGUUUAUCGACUAGCUCGACAGCAUCGGAGUCAACGCCGAAAGUAUCGCCUCCGUUCCCCAAUAUUAUAACCGCGGAAGGCGAGUUGCUUAAAAAGAAGAAGAAGAAAGAUAAACAUAAAGAUAAGGACAAACAACGAAAAGAAUCUUCGUCGCUCCGAGAACCAGAAAGUGCAGACAGGAAGCUGUCCAACACUCAUAGCAGUUCUUCAUCGAUUGCAGUGAAAGAUAAAAUGGCGAAAAAGAAACGCAAGCAUGAAUCGAGAAGCAACAGCGAAGAGUCGCUAAAUUCGAACCAAAGCUCAAAACGGGGAGCUGAUGUUUCAUCGGAUUCCGCGAGUGAAAAAACAGCAUCGAAUUCUAGCUUGGAAAAAGUCGAGUUUUCGAAAGCUAGUGCAAAUGGAAGUUUAUCAGGGACAUCAGGUGUCGUAGCGAAGAGCAAAUUACCGGCACCGCCGCCUCUUAAGCCUUUGAAAGUUGAUACGAAAGUGAAACCAGCUAUCAUCAAAGGCAAAUCGGACGAUGAUCGUUUGUUCAAACCGGAUCCGGUCGUGAAAUCUCCGAAGUUGUCACCGAAAAGUCACGACAAAUCGGUCGGUAAGUUCAAAAGCACUAUCACAUCCUCGCAUGAUAAACAGCUUAGUCAAGAGAAGUCCCACAAACAUGAAAAAACGGAAAAGAAACGAGAAAAAGAUAUAGAAAAAAGCGAGCAUUCUUCUAGUGAUUGUACUGGAAAGGUAGUUGAAAGUAGACCCAUACCCAAGCAGCCGAAAGACAAAGAUUUGGUUAAACCUGCUGAUAAAUUAGUUUCUGACAUCAAACUUGAUUCUUUACAAGCCGAAAAAACCCAAAGCCCAACUACUUUUAUGAAGUCAAUUGAUACGAGUCCAGUUACUCCGAAGUCAUCUUCAAGUCCUCAGGGUUCAAAAGAACACAUUCCUGUAGAUAAUAGUUUGACGAUUCAGUGCACCGAACAAAAGGACGUCAAGGAUACCAAGGCUGAAAUAUUAAAGACUUCACCAGUUGUCCGAUUGACCAUUGAGCCGAAAAUAGAAGCCAAGAGUUCACUUCAGUUUAGCCCGAAAGAGAAGACGAAAAAAGAUAGUGUUGCAUUGGUUUCGCCAAAAGAGGACAGCGAAAAUGUUGGUACAUCGACGUCCAAUAAAGAUAUUACUCAUGCAGAAGAAACAAAGCUAAGUUUAAAGGAUUUGGAAAAAGAAUCGACAGAAGCUCCGAAAGUAACCGAAACUUUGAAGUGCAAAACAACCGAACUAAAUCAUUACGACGAAAAAGCGAGUGUCAAAGAUGAAAAUUCCUCAGUUAAAACUGAGUCAAUGAAAGAAAAAUUGCCUAAAAUAAAGAUAGGAGACAGGUUAAUGGCUGCAACUUCAGCAGACGACUGUAUUCAGACGCCCAGUCGUGAUGAUUUUGAGCUUAUGGAAGCACUGGACAAAAAUCUUGAACAUAUGUCCGCGGAUUCAGUUAAAAAUGGGCCGAAAAAAGCCGAUAAAGUACCUGCUAAUUCACAAGCGGUGAGUCAAGAAAUCGAGGCGAAACAGGCUAAUGUUCCUUUUGGUAAAUUAGGUCCUUCGUUACCUGUGAAAAAUGAAUUGAAAUUGAGUAUAGAUCGGGGAAAUUUUGGAAUCGCUACUGAGAAAAUAAUCCCUCAGAAAAAUAAAACGUCCCCUGUUGCAAAGGAGGAUAAUUUGACGGACAUAAAAAAUUUUCACGGUGAAGGUUGUAAAGAAAUUGAUUCUACUGUACUUGAUAGUGACAAACUUCAAAGCAAUCAAGUUUCGCCAGGUGAAACGGAAUCGAGUAUGGAAGUUAUUUGCGCACCUGUUUUAACUGAUGAGUCAAAAUCAGUAGACAAGGCAGCUGUUGUAAUCAAAUCAGAGCCUGCUAAUGAUACGGAAAUGAGUACGACUGAAAGUUCGCUUAACGAGUUGGAGUCGAUGGUAGAAAAUACUGCGAGUACAGUUGAAACCACCUUGAUUCUCUCUGGUGAUCUCAAGCAGGAUGAUUUGAAGCCUGAAGUUGAAACUUCUUCGGAACUUGCGGAUGGGAAUACAGUUCCAGAUCAACCGGAUGUUGCAGAAAAAACUUCGGAACAGCAGUCGGUCGACGACCAAAAUGAAGCUCAAAGAAUAGACGAUAUAAUGACGUCAUCAGCACAAGAAGAGGCAGCGGCAGUACGAGGUGUUGGUCCUCGGAGAAGGAAGAAACCCUGGAAGUACUCUGACGGAGCCGAAGCUGUCGUAGACUUCGUGGCAACGAAUACUACCACGGGAACUGGCGAAAGAGGGCGACCGCCGAAACGAGCAACUAUGUCAGGAAACUCCGCUCAUAGGAAAGAUUUUGGUGCGAAUGGAGAAAGUGAAAGACCGGGUCGAAGAAAGGGAAGAAUAAAUACCGAGAGUCACGGCGAUUCAAAGAAAGACGACGAAGGCUCGAUCAAAACGAGAACCGGAACUAGGAAUUCUACUAAAGCGACGAUGUCGUUAAAAGCUGAAAAAACUAACAGAAACGAGAGGACGCAAAACUCUAGUAUUCCAGGAAAUUGUUCUGGAGAUCAACCGCCAAUAAUUUUGAAAAUCAGUACUUCACAUUUCCGAACAGCUUCACCGACUAGAAGCUCACAGCUGUGCAAUAGUGACACAAUGGAAAGUGAGAACUCGAAUUCGAUUAUCGAGAGAAGCUCGACGCCUGUGAAGUCGCUUGGAGAUGCUGCGGCGGAGGACUCGGAUGUCUCGAGGUCUUCAAAGUCGGAAAGGACGCCGCGGGUUACCAGAACCCUUCGAUCGAAUGCUCAUCUCAAGAGAGACUUGGCUGGAGCAGAUCCGAACUUCUUACAAAACGAAGACAGCAAUUCAUCGUCGUGUAGCAACGACUCGGGGACUCGCAAACCGAACAAUGGUUCGUCCCUUCGCAGUUCGGGAAACAGUACCUCGUUUGCAGAACUGAAAGAAGAGUCUGUGUCGAACGUCGGUAGUCGCGCUCAAACUCCGACACUGACACAGCAGAUCUCAAACGAGAGCAACUCGGAAUCAGCAGUGGUGAGCAGAUUGGAAAUUAAGUCGGCGAUUGAAGAGCAAGAAACGAAUUCAAAUGAGAAGCAAACCGAAUCAUCAAAUUUAUCUAAACCAGACGAAGACGAAGAAAAGGAGGCAAGUUGUUCUGUUGUGUCUGGAAGCCUAUCUGCUUGUGGUACUGCUUCUGGUCCGUCUGCAAGUGUUCCAUCUUCAUCUGCGGUUCCUCCUGCGGCAGUGGAGCCUCCUCAACAUCCAAAAAGGAGGAAACUUGCCAAACAUAAAGCGGAGCAGGAAGCGAAAUCAAAUAGUAUCCUCGAAGUACCCCCAAUUGCUCCCCCAGACGACAAAUUCACAAACCCAAUUUACACCUACCUGCAACUCAAAAAGACUAUCAGACAACACCAAGUGGACUCCCUGCCCCCCGUUCCCCCCAAAUUGCAGCCAUUCUACGAGGAGUAUUACUGUGUGAAGAAGAACUACUUGAUAGAGGGUCAUAAGAAUAACUACCCUAAACUGAAGGCAGUCUCCAACCGCUUAGAUCAGUUCAAGGAUCUAAAGCUUGUGUUUGAGAAACAAGAAAAAGAAAGAUUGAAAUUGAGAAUUCAGCAGCUAAUAGAAAGGGAGCGACUAAAGCUAGUAUGUGAGAGUGAGACUAUGCGCAUCUACACUCGAUCAGCCCUGGCAGAGAAGAACCAGGCGGCUAAUCUGAGUGUGUGUCAGAUACUGGCAGAAGACGACUUCUACAAUGUGUCAGUCGAAGCAGGCGCCCCUCCCGCAUUCACUGCCACGCAACCGAACAGUGACAUGCCUCGUGCGUGUAGUUCCAGAGGUCGACACAACUUGCGCCAGUUCCAGAGCUGGAUCUCAGACAACAAUGAGAAACUGGAGCGACUCAAAACCGGAAUGCUAAAGCGACACGAUCACGAGGCACAUGCUCUUAGAGCCUCUCAGGCACUCGAAUGGAGCUACAAAGUACGUCACUGCGGAUUUGCUUUACCGCCGAGUACAGUGCGAGAACUCUCGGAAGCGAAUUUCGUGCCGAAAGUUGACUUAGCUAACGACGUGCCAGUUGUCCCCUUUUAAUAGAAGAGUUCCCAGUGCAAAAAGUUUAAUAGCCAGAAUCAAAUCUCUAUUUUUCUAUCCUAGUUUUAUUGAUCUGUAAUAUAAUGUGUUUAUUUCGUUUGAUGGAUAGUUUUAUUCGUGAUAGAUUAAUAGUGUUCCUGUAAGCAUUUGCUUAAUAAAAUU